AUGAACGACCUUUGUGUACUGAUCGAUUCGGAAAUAAUAUUCUACGCCGACGAUUUGAAGUUGUAUCGCACCAUCACAGAUUAUGAAGACUGUGUUUCACUUCAACAAGACCUCGACAAACUUAUGAUUUGGUGUCGAGUGAAUGCAAUGGAGAUGAAUUUAGGAAAAUGUAAAAUCUUGACUUUCUCCAGGAGCAGAACAGAGAUAACGCAUAGUUACCUAGCGGGUGAUUUUGUGCUUGAAAAGGUUGAAUCUAUGAGGGAUCUUGGCGUGAUUCUGGACAAAUCGCUCACGUUUGAGGAUCAUCUAGCUUUAACCGUGGCCAAAGCUAAAACAGUGCUAGGAUUCAUCGUACGCCACACAAAAGGAUUCAGUGAUACCACCACUCUAAAAGUACUUUACUGUUCACUGGUCCGUUCUGUUUUGGAGUAUAAUAUCCAAAUUUGGGCACCUUCAUCCAUAGGCGGCAUGAAGCUGCUAGAAUCUGUCCAGAAACGUUUCCUGCGAUAUGCACUUCCGAACCUUCCCUGGAACGAACCGCAACGGCUUCCCCCUUACGACGAUCGAUGCGGAAUCCUGAAAAUCGAACCAAUCGGAUCUCGUGUAUUACUCCUCCGGCGUGUAUUCAUCUUUGAUAUUUUAUCUGGAAACAUCGACAGUACCAACUUGAUCGAAAUGAUACCAUUCCAUGUCCCUUCGCGCGCUUUGCGCAAUUACGAGCCAUUAAGGCAUGGUCCAGGUUUCAGAACCGAGCAGCAAGCAAAAAUGAAGGGAAUGCAGUUUUUCCCCAGUAGCAACAUCUUCUCAUCAUCACCAUCGUCAUCGUCGUCAUCAUCGUUGUUCCACAGUCUUGGGAGUCCUACCUUGUAG